AUGCUGCGGUUGCCGUCAGUGGCUGCACUGCGCUUCGCUUGGCUUCGCCUUGGAAAGUCGGUGCCAGUCUGGUUUUCGCCGAUGAACGACGCAGCAAGUGCCAGUGCUCGGUGUGGUGGCAGUCUAGGCCACGCCGGGGGGGUUCGAACGUCCCAGUGCCAGAUGUCGGGUCGGGUCAAGUCUGGCCACAAGCUGGUCAAAGUCGGACCGUGGGGGCUUGGCUCGCCGUCUUUGUCGCAGAUGUCAGCGCACUUUGGUCGCGGCCGGUCUCAGGUCCCGGCUGAGUCGUCGGUCGUCACAACAGAGGAACAAAAGUUCGUAACGGUCCAAAAGCUAGAUAGGGGAGGGGAUGAAGUCAAAACAAAAAAAUAA